AUGAAGUUUACUCCUACCCUCGCCGUCCUUGGCUUCAGCCUCGCAACCGUCCUCGCCACAUUCAACACCGUCACCGUCACCGAGACCAUUGCCACGUGCGGCGCCUCCUGCUUCACCACCUACUACGGCGGCUGCACCCUCACUUCCACAACCGCCACGUCCAGCAGCAGCAGCAGCAGCAGCAGCAGCGCCUCUCCCAUCUAUCAAAACUCUUCCUCCCUCUACACAGCCACCCUCACCAGCAGCUCCGGCUCCAGCGUCCUCCCCACCGGCGGUCCCUCCACCACUCUCUCUCACUGCACAUCGCCGUACGCCUGCGGCGGCGUCAAGCAUCCCAACAGCACAACCUACCUGAGCAUCCCGGAGGGCACCGCUACCACCACCACCAGCAGCCUGCGCAGCAGCAGCAGCAGCAUGUCCGCCAUCACCACCACCAACAACAACACGUCGGCUACAUGCACGCAGCGCACCCCCAAGGGCCCUUUGUCCCGCACGGCCAGCUAUCCCGUCACCAACUCGACAUAUGCAUACUACCCUACCGGCUCCGUGACUUCUGGCACCGGCACCGGCUCCGUCACCUCCGGCACCGGGUACUAUCCAACUACUGUUCCGCCUGGAAGCACGCCAUCGACAACGUCUGAUGAAAACUUGCCGCCGCUGCCAACUGAUGCACCCAGAAACAGCAGCAGCAGCAGCAGUUCCGUCUUGUCCAGCCGCUCUGUUUCGUUUACCAGUCCCGUCUCGUCCAGCAGCAAGACGAGGACCGGCGCGCCAACGUCCACCAUCAUCACACCGCCCUACACUUCAAGCGUAGACCCCAUCGGCACGAGCUCUUUCUCUUCAUCCACUAUCCCCUCCUUCUCUUCUUCUUCUUCCUUCUCUUCUUCUUCUUCCUUCUCUUCUUCUUCUUCUCUUCUCUUCUUCUUCUUCCUUCUCUUCUUCCUCUCCUGGCAUCAUAACCACCACCACCACCUCCUCCUCCUCCAACCCCUCCUCCUCCAGCUCUUCUUCCACUUCCCCGAGCGAAUUCCCCCAGCCAACAACCAUGAAGACGAGUAG